CUCAUCCACAGCCUCCUGAUGAACCAUAAGAAGUUUCUUUACCAGUUCAAAAAUGUCCGCUGGGCUAAGGGCCGGCGUGAGACCUACUUGUGCUAUGUGGUAAAGCGGAGAGAUAGUGCCACCUCAUUUUCCUUGGACUUUGGUCACCUUCGCAACAAGGCGGGUUGCCACGUGGAAUUGCUUUUCCUCCGCUACAUCUCAGACUGGGACCUGGACCCUGGCCGGUGCUACCGCGUGACCUGGUUCACCUCCUGGAGCCCCUGCUACGACUGUGCCCGCCACGUGGCUGACUUUCUGAGAGGGUACCCCAACCUCAGUCUUAGGAUCUUCACCGCGCGCCUCUACUUCUGCGAGGACCGCAAGGCCGAGCCAGAGGGGCUGCGGCGGCUGCACAGCGCUGGGGUCCAAAUAGCCAUCAUGACCUUCAAAGAUUAUUUUUAUUGCUGGAAUACUUUUGUGGAAAACCGGGAAAAAACCUUCAAAGCUUGGGAAGGACUGCAUGAAAAUUCCGUGCGUCUAUCCAGACAGCUUCGGCGCAUCCUUUUGCCCCUCUAUGAAGUGGAUGAUUUACGAGAUGCAUUUCGUACUUUGGGACUUUGA